AUGGAGGAAAAAAAGCACAAGUUCCUCCAUGGAACACUCGAAGCCUCCAUCUUCCACGCCACAAUGUACAAACCCUCAGUCGCCUUAAGGUGCGUACCUUUUACUGGAAAGUCUGCCUAUGUGACUAUCAAGAUAGAUAACAGAAAGGUGGCAAAAACUAGCCGCGAAAGGGACAGAGUUUGGAACCAAACUUUUCAAAUCCUCUGUGCUCAUCCAUCUGAUUCAACCAUUACAAUUACCUUAAAAACAAAUCGAACCAUCUUAGGAAAAAUCGAUAUUCAGGCAGAAAAGCUUCUAAAUGAGGCAAGUCUAAUCAAUGGAUUCUUCCCACUCUGCAAGCAAAAUGGAAAGCCAAACAAGAAGCUCAAGUUGCAAUUCAUCUUAUGGUUUAAACAAGCAGACUAUGAAGCAAGUUGGGGCAAAGUAUUGGAAAAUGGUGGAUAUGAGGGGCUGAAAAAUGCAGCAUUUCCUAAAAGAUCAAAUUGCAGUGUCUCACUAUAUCAAGAUGCUCAUCAUCGACCUACAUUCCAACCUCCAUUUGAUCUUCAUGACGCGCCUAGAAAUUUGUGGGAAGAUAUAUAUAAAGCCAUUGAGGGUGCAAAGCAUUUGGUUUAUAUUGCAGGAUGGUCAUUUAAUCCUAAAAUGGCUCUGGUACGUGAUCCACAAACAAAUAUUCCCCGUGCACGAGGUGUAAAACUUGGUGAAUUGUUGAAGCAGAAAGCUGAGGAAGGUGUGGCUGUUAGAAUUAUGCUUUGGGAUGACGAAACAUCCUUACCGGUCAUAAAAAAUAAAGGAGUAAUGAGAACUAACGAUGAAGAUGCUUUAGCCUAUUUCAAGCACACUAAAGUAGUAUGCAAACUUUGUCCUAGGCUACACAAUAAAUUCCCCACGGUAUUCGCGCAUCAUCAGAAAACGAUAACUGUGGACACACGUGGAGAGUUGUCUAAUAGAGAAAUCACGAGCUUUCUUGGUGGGUUAGAUCUCUGUGAUGGACGAUAUGAUACAGAACAACAUUCGUUGUUUCAAACACUUAAUAUGGAAUCCCAUUGUUAUGAUUUUUAUCAGACUAGCCUUCCGGGAGCUAGCCUUCAUAAAGGAGGGCCAAGAGAGCCAUGGCACGAUACACAUGCCUGUGUCACCGGCCAAGCUGCUUGGGAUGUGCUUGCAAAUUUCGAGCAAAGAUGGACAAAGCAAUCUGAUCCAACUUUUCUUGUUCCGAUAAGAUCCAUUCCGGAUUUCUCCAAUCAGCCUGAUCCUACAACCAUUUCCCCUGGGAGGGACUGGAAUGUCCAAGUGUUUCGCUCAAUUGAUCACGUUUCAGCUAGCUCUUUACCUAAAAACCUCAAAAUUGAGAGAAGCAUCCAUGAAGCUUACGUGGAUGCAAUCAGGCGCGCUGAGAGAUUUAUAUACAUAGAGAAUCAGUAUUUCAUCGGGGGAUGCCAUUUUUGGGAGGAAAAUAAGCAUUGUGGAUGCCGGAACUUAAUUCCUAUUGAGAUUGUGCUAAAGGUAGCAAGUAAAAUCAGGGCCAAGGAGCGUUUCACAGUGUAUGUGAUAAUACCAAUGUGGCCAGAAGGUCCAUCUGAGAGUGAAUCCGUGCAGGACAUAUUACAUUGGAGUCAAGAAACAAUGAAAAUGAUGUAUAGAUUGAUAGGAGAAGCAAUACAAGAAAGUGGUGAACUGGGGCACCCAAGGGAUUACUUGAAUUUCUUCUGCCUUGCUAAUAGGGAACAAGAGGUUAAAGGAGAGUUUAUUCCUCCAUACUCUCCUCAUCCUGCGACACAAUAUUGGAAUGCUCAAAAACAUAGGAGGUUCAUGGUGUAUGUCCAUUCCAAGGUUAUGAUAGUGGAUGACACCUAUCUGCUAAUAGGCUCGGCUAAUGUGAACCAGAGAUCAAUGGAUGGACAAAGGGACACUGAAAUUGCAAUCGGAUGUUACCAGUCGAGAAAUGGAGAAAACUGCAUAGAUAAUGGAGAUAUUCGUGCAUUUCGUAUGUCACUGUGGUAUGAACAUACUGGACGAGCAGACGACAUAUUCCAAGACCCUCAGAGCAUGGAAUGCGUGCAAAUGAUCCGUUCAAUUGGAGAUCAGAUGUGGAGAGUUUAUAGUGAAGAUGAAAUAGUGGAUAUGAAUGGUGUUCAUUUAGUCACUUAUCCUGUGAAUGUAACAGAAAAAGGCUCUGUUGAGGAUUUAGUAGGGGGUGAUGGCUAUUUCCCAGACACAAAAACACCAAUAAAGGGGAAAAGAUCAAAAGUUUUAGCAUCCAUAUUCACUACAUAG